AUGGCUUCUGCCGGGUUGGCUGGGGUGAGCGGUGCGGCUUGCCCUCUCAUGAGGCUCGUCACUAUGAGCAGCGUGCCGAUCCUGCAGCAGCUGCACCUGGAGGAGCAGCUCCUGCGCUGCACGCCAGAAACUGGUGCAUCAUCAAUGACGGCACGGCCCCUGCUACCAUUGUCAUGGGAUUUUGUCAGGAAGGAUGAUUCAAUCGUGCAUCAGCCCCCUUGUCGACUUGCUAAUUUGGUUUUGUGUGAUGGCAGGAGAGUUUCAGAGCUUGUCGAGAUACAGCCUGUCCUUCGGGACCAGGUGCCAGUCGUGAGGAGGUUCAGUGGAGGUGGCACCGUCAUUGUUGAUCAGGGAACGGUGUUUGUGACUUUCAUUUGCAACAAGAAUGCCGUUACUGGGCUGCAGCCCUUUCCACGGGACAUCAUGUCAUGGAGUGGUCAGCUAUAUGGCAAAGUUUUUGACAGAUUUGGCGAAUUUCAUCUACGUGAGAAUGGUAAUCAGGCAAGAAACCACACAGAUUUCUUGUGCCGCAUGAAGGAGUAUAUACCUUCGCGGUCAGUUUUCACCGAUGGGGUCAUUGCGGCCCUGGGAGAACACUUCUCAGUUCAGCCCAUGGAUCUACAAGCAAUUCUUUCCAGUCAUGAAGAAUUCGUGCCUUCUACAAAGCUGGUGUCACAACAAGACCUAGAGGAAAUUGUUUCCUCCAAAGAAUCCUUCAGAGUAUAG